GCCGCCGUGCCUGCCGCUAUGUUGAGGGCUGCCGAUUGGUGGGAAGACUCUGAGUUGUGUGGCGGGGACCAUGGACGUGCGAUGGGUCGGACCAGGGAGGCGGGUGGCCGAAGGAGCCAGCCUCUGAAGGCCGGAACCAAGGCUAUGGCCGAGACUGGACCGGGUGGGGCUACGACCGCGGCUACACCGCCCGGAUUUCCGCCUUCGCAUUCGCGGAGCCAAGGCGCACGCGCAGUUCCGCACCUUGAGGGACGGGGCUUCCGCCUUUCCCACAUGGAUGAAAAGGCACGAGUCAGGUUUCAAAGCACAAAUACAAACAGAACCUUAUUUGUGCAAUAACUUAUAAAUUGGGGAUUGGGAAUGCAGCAUCCACCAUAGAUGCAUAGACACUGCCUGAUCACCACAGAACCACAGCGGAGUGUCAUUUAUCUACUUUUUACAGAGAACAUGAAUGACUGGAUGCCCAUCGCCAAGGAGUAUGACCCACUUAAAGCUGGCAGCAUCGAUGGCACAGAUGAAGACCCACAUGACCGCGCUGUGUGGCGGGCUAUGUUGGCCCGGUAUGUCCCCAACAAAGGUGUCACUGGGGACCCACUCCUCACCCUGUUUGUGGCUAGACUAAAUUUGCAGACCAAAGAGGACAAGUUAAAAGAAGUUUUCUCUCGCUAUGGUGACAUCCGGCGGCUGCGGCUGGUGAGGGACUUGGUGACUGGCUUCUCCAAGGGCUACGCCUUCAUCGAAUACAAGGAGGAGCGGGCGCUACUGAAGGCCUACCGUGACGCCGAUGGCCUGGUGAUCGACCAGCAUGAGAUAUUUGUGGACUACGAGUUGGAGCGGACUCUCCGAGGCUGGAUCCCACGGCGGCUGGGUGGUGGGCUGGGUGGGAAAAAGGAAUCUGGGCAGCUGAGAUUUGGGGGCCGGGAUCGGCCUUUCCGAAAGCCUAUCAACUUGCCGGUUGUUAAGAAUGACCUUUACCGGGAGGGAAAGAGGGAGAGGAGGGAGCGAUCCCGGUCCAGGGAAAGACACUGGGACUACAGGACACGGGAUCGAGACCACGACAGGGGCCGAGAAAAGAGGUGGCAAGAAAGAGAGACAGCCAGGGUGUGGCCUGAAAAUGACUGGGACAGGGACCAGCGAGAGGAUAGGGGCAAGGGGAGAGACAAGAAGGACAGAAGCAAGUAGAGGACCGGUGGGGCUGCAGAAGGAUGCUACAGGGGAAUUGUCCAUGUGCUGUGUCCCCAUUUGUUCAAUAAAACAAGGCUAGUUUGGGAGGUGGGCUUGCCUGUCUGUCACCCAGCUCCAAGCAGGUA